AUGCAUGAGAUACUUCAAGCAUUUGCCGCUUCGGUGGCUCUCUUGAUUCUUUACCGCUAUUUCAGUUCCACCGAUUUACCCAAAAUAAAGAACCUCCCAGAAAUCCCCGGGGUCCCUGUUUUCGGCAAUCUUCUUCAAUUGGGCAACAAUCAUGCGCAAGUGGCCGCAAAAUGGGCAAAGAAAUACGGACCGGUUUUCCAGAGAAUUGUAUUCGCGAAUAGCUUUGAAUCAGUCAAGCAGCUGUGGCUGAAAGAGCAGUCGUCGCUUAUUUCGCGCCCAACUUUCCACACCUUCCACAGCGUGGUUUCCAGCUCUCAGGGUUUUACUAUUGGUACUUCACCCUGGGAUGAAUCAUGCAAGCAGCGACGCAAGGCAGCCGCGACGGCCCUGAACAAGCCCGCGACGCAGUCGUACAUGCCCAUCAUCGACCUGGAAGCGACAACGAGCAUUCGCGAGAUGCUACAAGACUCAAACGCGGGGUCCAAGGAUAUCAAUCCCAUCCCAUAUUUCCAGCGCUUUGCGCUCAACACAAGUCUGACACUAAACUAUGGAAUUCGCAUCGAGGGAAAUAUAGAUGAUGUCUUGCUCAAGGAAAUUGUCGACGUUGAAAGAGGCGUCUCGAAUUUUAGAAGCACUAGCAAUAACUGGCAGGAUUAUAUUCCUCUUCUUCGUCUCUUCCCCAAGACCAACAAUGAAGCCGAGGAAUUCCGAGUGCGUCGGGAUAAGUAUCUGACUCACCUGUUGGAUUUGCUCAAGGAAAACAUCGCCAAGGGGACUGAUAAACCGUGUAUUACCGGGAACAUUCUAAAAGAUCCAGAGGCCAAGCUCAAUGAAGCGGAAAUUAAAUCUUUGUGUUUGACUAUGGUGUCGGCUGGCCUGGACACAGUACCUGGAAACCUGGUCAUGGGUCUCGCAUAUCUCUCGUGUGAGGAUGGCAUGCGAAUCCAGAAAAAGGCAUACGAAGAGAUCCAAAAGGUCUAUCCAGACAACGACGUAUGGGAAAAAUGCCUUGUCGAGGAGAAAGUACCCUACGUCACAGCACUGGUCAAGGAGAUCCUUCGUUUCUGGACCGUGAUCCCCAUCUGUCUCCCACGUAAAAGUAUAAAGGACAUCCAAUAUGAAUCCGCUACUAUCCCAGCAGGAACGACAUUCUUCAUGAACGCCUGGGCAGCAGACUAUGACGAAGACCAUUUCCAAGAUGCCCAUAAAUUUAUCCCAGAGCGUUACUUGGACAGCACGGAUUCCACGGGCACUCCGCAUUACGGCUAUGGUGCGGGCUCUCGCAUGUGUGCAGGCUCUCAUCUCGCGAAUCGCGAGUUGUACACUGCCUUUGUCCGACUCAUCACAGCCUUCACAAUCCACCCACCCAAGAACGAGUCUGAUGCCCCGAUUUUGGAUGCUAUCGAAUGCAAUGCCAUUCCAACGGCGCUGACAACAGAACCGAAGCCCUUCAAGGUUGGAUUCAAGGUCCGCGAUGCAAAACUGCUGGACAAGUGGAUCGCGGAGAGCGAAGUUCGCACGAAGGAUUUAUAA